UAUAAUUGUAUUACAAUUUUGUCCAAAUAGAAAUAACCAGUCCCAAUUGAACACGACAGCAAUUUAGUUGAAAAUGAAUAUCUUACGUUAUGGAUACUGUAACAUAGUAAUUUAAAUUGCAUGAGAAAAAAGGAAGCAAUGAAAGAAAUUGAACCGACGUAAAUGAAAAACAAAUUUGAUAAAAAUCAUAAUAAAGACACGUCAGUCUUGAGCAAUAAUUGAAAGUGUAAACAUGAAUUGGUAAAAUAAUUCAAAGGAACCAGUGUAAUGUUGCAUUAGAAAUUUGAAACACUUCGGAUAAAGCCAUACAAAAAAAUUUAUUUGAUUGAGAACUCGUUAGAUCUUUAAGUGAAGCGGACUCAAACGGAAUACACAAUGGCAUCAACAGCACAAUCAGUUUUUAUAACAGUGCCCAAGUACGUAGCUAUAACGCAUAAUCCAACUAUGACAUUACCGAAGAUAAGGCCUGCACCGACUCCCACGUCAGUGCAGGGAACAGCCGUAUUAGCGUCUGCUGAGAAUGUGAUAGUUGAGGAUGGAGCAUCAGCACCAAGGGGCAAAAAACGCCGCCUUGAUCACCUAACAUGGGAAGAAAAGAUGCAGAGAAAAAAAUUGAAAAAUCGUGUUGCCGCACAGACAUCUCGCGAUCGGAAAAAAGCUCGGAUGGAAGAUAUGGAAAGAGAAAUUGACGAAUUAACACAAAAAACAGAAAUAUUACAAAAUAAGUGCGAAAGUUUGCAAGCUAUCAAUGAAUCUCUUCUUGAAAAGAAUCAUAAACUUGAUAUGGAGUUAGAACUUUUACGUCAACAACUCAAUGAAGUGCAACAACAACAGAAGCAGCAGCAAGAACAACUUGCCAGUAAUGCCACCAACUUAAAAGCUAAAAGUGCAGUUGGUACUUGUGCCGGCUGUGAGUCCAUACUCAAUGGAUCUGCAGUAUCCAUAUAUACUGACCCUCUGCAGCAGGGAUCACGUCAAAUGGACUCUCAGUCGACAGAAGAACAACUGAAAAAGAGCAACUCAGUGGCGUCGCUUUGGAGGAUUGUUGCGCUUUGCCUACUUUUCAAGAUAUGCUCCUCAUCGACGAAGAAUUCGAUGUCAGUAAACUUGAAGAACUUGCCGAAAGCCUCAUGGCCGAUAUCGAAGCAGACCUGGAAAAUAAUAAUGGGUCAGGCAAUGAAAAUGAUGCCAAAAUUACAAGCAGCUCAGAGCGAUUGCUUGGACCAGUGGUGGGGACCAAAACAGAGUGCUUGGAAUCCAGCAAACAUACAAACACACGAAGUAACAGCUUAAAUAAUUCGGAGUGGACGUCACCAAUCCAAACAGAUGAAAUUCGAUUACAAACCAAUUUGCCUGCAGCGACACAAGAGCUAACAGGGCUUAGCGAUUCAUCUAUAGUUAUUGCAUCAG